CGAUCAUCCGGCGCAACUCCAAAAACCUUGCGUUCUUCCUUUCUUAGUGCGCCGUACUUUGUUCGCUGGUCUGGUCUUCGUUUGGUUCUCGCCGGACUUCAUCUAACACAAACACAAUGUCUUUUGGUGGUGGAUUUGGAGGUAGAGGUGGAGGUGGCAGCAGCGACAUCAUGAUGGUUGAAUCUGCAAAUGUGGGCAAAAUCAUCGGUCGUGGUGGCAGUAAAAUCAGAGAUCUGGAACAGGACAGUAAUGCCAGAAUUAAGAUUUCUCGUGAUGAGGAUGAAAACGGCAUGAAGUCAGUGGAAAUCAGUGGCACAGAUGAAGAAAUUGAUGCAGCCAAGAGAAUGAUAGAGCAGUGUCUAUCUCAAGGAUCUGACUUUGGUGGAGGUCGUCGUGGGGGUUUUGGUGGCCGUGGACGUGGUGGUGGAGGAGGAGGAUAUGGACGAAGGGAUGACGGAUGGGGUCGCAGAGACGGAGGUGAUGGAUGGGGGCGUCGUGAUGAUUAUGGAGAUCGUGACAGUGGCCGGAGAUUUGGAGGCGGUGGCGACUCAGAAACCAUCUUUGUGGAGUCAUCAGAAGUUGGACGCAUCAUUGGUCGCGGUGGUAGCCGGAUACGAGACAUGGAAUCAGAGUCUGGCUGCAGAAUAAAGGUGUCCAGAGAUGGAGACUCCCAGGGUCGUAGUUCAGUGGAAUUGUCUGGUAACAGAAACCAAAUUUCUGAUGCCAAGAAGAUGAUUCAAGAAGCUGGUGUAGACAUCAUGAAUGGAGAUGGCCGUGGUUGGUGAAGUAUUCUGCCGGUUUUCUUCGCGAGGACUUACGCAAUUGAAAAAAUAAUUGUCUCCAUGUCGUUUGUUGUGUUUUGGAACUAGUUUUUUUUUUUUUACUGAUUGAAACUUGUGGAUGAAUAAGUUAAGAUGCGUGAGUCGUCAUUUUUUGAACAAGCCAGCUGUUUAUUUUGUCCCUUAACCAGCUUUUUGAAAAGGGAAAAGUCGUAAAUCAAGUACAUACUUGAAAGAGCUCACAUACCAGUAACCCAGUGUCAUGAGAAUCAUUGCUGUAUAUUGAUUCACUGUAUUUGAUGUUUGCUGCAAAAUUCAGCGCCCCAAUAUGAAUUACAAAUCACUGAAUGUUGCAUUUUGCAGAACUGAGAGGAGUGGAGAAAAGGACUCCAAGUAUUAAAAAUUCGCCCGUUUUGAAAUCUUAUGUGUAUUUUUUUUAUGCAUUUAUUUUCCCCCUCAUUUUUAGAGAUGCUCUUGUAAUACUCACCAAAUUGGUGGGUAUCAAAGUCAAUUCCAAAAGUAUUGGUUGCUCUUGUGUUAGAACUGGGAAUGCCAUUCACACAAGACUUCAUGCCUUUUCAUUCAUGUUUUUAUUGACUUCUGAGUUUUUUAAUCAAACAUUGACAUUCUUUUUUUUUUAAUCAUGUCUUUUUCAUGCCAAGCAUGUUUCAAUAAAAGGUGACCAUAGGUUGAA